GCAGCAAAAUCAAAAAAAUCUGUUCUUUAAAACCCUAAUUUCCUCCCCUUCUUCAAACCCCUAAAUCGUUUUUUUAGGUUUCGAGCAGACGAAAAAGGAUCCACCUGCAUUUCAAGAUCAAGAACGAAAAACCCACAAAAGCUUCUGCUUGAUCCUGUGGAAGAAAAUGGACUCGAGAGAAUCUUUAGCACCACCGCCGUCGCUACAACGCCACCAGACCCACCACCAACAGCAGCUGCCGCUGGGGAUGAUGAUGCCACCAAACUCAUACAACACCCACCACCACCACCUACCUAACAACUCCAACACUGCUGCCCCGGCGAACAACAACAGUAUGAUAACUCACGAUUCGAUGCAACAACGUUUCCCUUUUGAUGCUUCUGACCAGUUCGGCGACGGAUCGUCGCCUCCUGGGGGGUUUAGGUCCGGUGGGUUUAACAUUGAGCCGGCGAGGAAGAAGAGAGGACGGCCGAGGAAGUAUUCGCCGUCGCCUGACGGCAACAUUGCGCUUGGUUUGGCUCCUGCUCCUGUAACAACUGGGUCUAGCGCCGGUGCCGGUGCCGGCGCUGGGCAUCUGGAGACUUCAAAUGAUGGUGGUAGCGCCGGUGGUGGAACCCCAAACACCGAUUCAUCUGCCAAGAAACACAGAGGGAGACCACCGGGUUCAGGGAAGAAACAGUUGGAUGCUUUAGGUGCACCGGGUGUUGGUUUUACGCCUCAUGUCAUCACAGUUAAAGCAGGAGAGGAUAUAGCCUCGAAGAUCACGGCUUUCUCGCAGCAAGGACCUCGUACUGUUUGUAUUCUAUCGGCAAAUGGCGCCAUCAGCAACGUAACUCUUCGUCAGCCAGCAAUGUCUGGCGGCACUGUAACAUAUGAGGGCCGGUUCGAGAUAAUAUCUUUAUCGGGUUCCUUCCUGCUCGCAGACAGUAACGGUAACCACAGCAGCAGAUCAAGUGGACUGAGUGUUUCCCUUGCAGGUUCUGAUGGUCGGGUUUUGGGCGGUGGAGUCGCUGGAUCGUUAGUUGCCGCCACACCCGUACAGGUGGUUGUCGGCAGCUUCAUUGCAGAUGCCAAAAAACCAAAAUCUAGCAACCCCCCACCGUCGGCCACCCCUGCAAACAUGUUGAACUUUGGCGGCGGCGGGUCUGUGCCUGGAACCACUCCACCGUCCGAAGGACCUUCAAGCGAGUCAUCUGACGAUAGCGGUAGCAGUCCGCUUCAUCGGGCCCCUGGUUCCUACAACAAUGCAAACCAACAACCACCACCCAUGCCGAUGUACUCCAAUAUGGGGUGGCCAAACUCCACCAUGAACAUGCUCCGCAAUUGACAACCCAAAACCGAGCUCGUGGCUAUUGAAGACCGUUCAUUAUGUGGAAUCUGGUAUCGUUGUAUGAUGCUUUCGUAGUUUAAGUGGUUUCUGACUUGAAUUGUAGAAGCUGUAAUCUAGGAAUCGGAUUUGAUGGAUUUGUAACUGUAGUCGUAUUGAUCUAGGAUUAACCUUUGGUGC